AGUGACAGCUCGCGAGUAACCGUUUAUCUGAACCUGUCGGCGCUGUUCGGUCCGGUUGUGGUGCUCGUGCAUGUGUCUAUUCCACGCGUUAUUGUGUCGUAAAUGUUUAGGGCCUGUCAUAUUUAUGAGCCAUCAUAUGUAUAGUACUUCCAGUCCGGCCCGAUCGCGCGCCUGUUUGUUUAUUCAUGUGCGUUUGUAUGUUCUGUGGUUCUGUUGUUUCUGGUCUGGUCAUUUGCGAACAUUGUCACGUGGAAGUACAGCGGUUUACCGCGUUGACAAUUCGGUGUCGCGCCAGGUAAAUACCACGAUACCAUACCGGUACGUUGAAACGAUGAUCUCUGUUAUGUUACCAUGGCAAAACCAAGUUUUCCGUUCACUACCUUGAUCGAUACUGCAGUGCAGUAUCCUUUAAAACUGUGAUGAUCAUUUUAAAACAAAGCAGUGUACUGAUGGAGGAGAAGUGACGUCACAUCAAACCAUCAGCAUUAGAUCAGCAGCUGAAGUCAAACAGGAGGAAUACUGUGUGUGUUCUAAGAAUGUGAGAACACAUCUGAUCACCUACUGCUGCUGUUACCAGGCAACAAAGAUAGAGAGAGACAGUCUGGCUGUAGAGAGCGGCAGACACAGACAGACAGACAGACAGACAUGCUUCCAAAGGAAGAACGAGUCUGUGCACACGGUGACACUGUGUGGCCGUGUUUUCUUCACUGGACCGUGUGACUGCGUCCCCCCGUAUGACCUUCAUCAUGAACAACAAGGAUGGUGCUAAAGAGACCGAGUCCGGUGCUCAGAUGAAGGUGUUUUUACCCAAUAAACUGUUGGAGUGUUUGCCACCUACAUCAUCUCUACCCAAAGAAAGACUGCGCUGGAACACCAACGAGGAGAUCGCAUCGUUCCUGGUGUCUUUUGACAGACAUGAGGAGUGGCUCGCCUGCACUCUGAAGACCAGACCGCAGAACGGUGCCAUUAUCUUGUACAAUCGCAAGAAAGUCAAAUACAGAAAAGACGGAUACUGCUGGAAGAAAAGAAAAGAUGGGAAGACGACAAGAGAAGAUCACAUGAAGCUGAAGGUUCAGGGCAUCGAGUGUCUUUACGGUUGUUAUGUUCAUUCCUCCAUCGUCCCAACAUUCCACAGGAGAUGCUAUUGGCUGCUGCAGAAUCCGGACAUUGUGCUGGUUCAUUAUCUUAAUGUGCCGUCACUGGAGGAGAGCGUGAAAUCCUGCGGUCCGGUUUCAUGUCCACUGACAGACCGACGGGACAGUCUGCGCUGGAGCAGAGACGAACUGCUCUCACAACUCAAGCCCAUGUUCCACAGUAUGAAAUGGUCUUGUGGAGGUAUCAGUGCAGUGGAGUUCUCUGUGGAGCAGAUGGUUCAGCAGAUCCUAGAAACUCAGCAGACCAAACCACAACCCCGAACACACACCUGUCUGUGCGCGUCACCCGGCUCCAACAUUCCUCACCGCUGUACUAGCACGAAGCAUCGCAUUAUCUCCCCCAAACUGCCCACGUGUCCCGCCCCUUACCCUGCCCUCACGGAGCUGCAGAAUCUGGCUACUGAGAGCUCAGGAGGGGAGGCGGGUCAAGAGGUAGUGUCGGGUGAGGCUGUGGUGGCUGUGGUGCCUUCAGAGAGGAAAGUAACAUCCAGUAAGCCAGAGGAUUCAGGACGAGUCGAUACAGAGGACAUAGGUGUGGCUUCACCGUGCUCUUCCUCAUCCUCCUCGAGUCCACCCCAAACUCAACGAGCGGCGACCAUCACCCUUGGCAAUGGAAACGGAUACUACGGUGACCAGCGUGGAGGCCUGACAACUGUUGCCCUGCCGCGGAACGCGGUCAUCGUCAUGACGACGGCAGCGACAGUGGGCCGUGGAGGGGGAGAUUCUAAGAGCGAGCCAGGCCCCACGCGGCUAUCAGUCACCCGGGCCGGCAGCAGACUCGUACUGUCCCACGUACCGCCCAAACGUGACACGCCUCCUCCUCCAACCUCUCCGCCGAGCCCUGUCCCAGCCAAUCAGGGCGUGGCCACUCUGUCACUCACUCUACUUCCCUGUCCUGUGAUUGGGGGACUUGUACUGUCUGACCGCAUUAUCCCAGAAGCACCCGGAACACUCCUGCGGCCAACGUCUCCUUCGCCCUCCCUGCUCCCGUUCGACCCUGACUCUUUCCUUAACAGCCCUAAACAGGGUCAGACCUAUGGAGGCGCUGCCCACCCGUCCCAUAUCUCCAUCCACUCCAUCUACAGCUCCUCCACGCCAUCACCAGUUCCCUCAACAUCUCCUCAGGCUCCAUCUCUAGCUCUGUCAUUCUCGCCCACUUCUCCCUCAUCAUCUCUGUCUUCCCUCUCUUCAGAGACGGAGAGGAAGAGCGUUGCGGGUCGUCCCUCUUCCAGCCCGUCCUCACUGUCUCCUCUCUCACUGUCGCUUUCUCCAUCUCGCUCUACCCCCGAGCUGCUUCCGCUAUGCCUGGAGUCAUCUUUAGGUCUCGAUCCAUUGACCCAACCGCUAAGUCCCGCCCUCUGUACGCAGGGGCCCAUGUCGUCACUGUCAACAGAGGGGAAAGGUCCUCCUGCUGGACUUGAUACACAGUCUGCACCUAAUCACUUAAUGACCAUUCAGUUCUCACCUUCUCAGCACAUGAGUGACCAGUUGGUGUGUGCCAGUCAAGUCCAUACAACGUGUCCCUCCCUCGAAGUGUUGCCAACCAAUCAGUCGCUUCCCAAGGGGGAAGAGGUGCAGCUCCUCGCAGGCAACUCAACAUGCAUUCAGCAGCAGAAUAUGACCCCUCCCGCUUCCGGACCCAUAAAUGGACAGAUGAGUCCUGUACAGGUAAAGGAAGAGCGGUCUCCGCCCACUCAAGUGCACUUUGAAUCAGAAGUAACUCCAAUGGACACCACCUACAGUUCUGACUCCACCCACAUGGACAACCAGGAGACUGGGCUCACCUUUGACUCCACCUUCCCGGACCUCAUUUCUGAGCUGAUAACUGAGGACACCCUCAACCAUGCUCCAAACCCACCCGUUUACCCCGUAAGGUACAUGGUUCCACCUCAGCCAACACCCUCCACCUCGUUCUUACCCUUCCCUCUGCUCACACACAUGUCCAGCGGCUCUUUGGAGGACACGCACCGAUUGGCCAGCAUCACAGACUUCUCACCAGAGUGGUCUUACCCCGAGGGUGGAGUGAAGGUUCUGAUCACAGGUCCAUGGUCUGAGACGGACGCCAGAUACACGUGCGUGUUUGAUCAGAGUCGAGUUCCUGCAUCUCUCAUUCAGCCGGGUGUCCUGCGCUGUUACUGUCCUGCUCAUGAAGCAGGUCUUGUUGGUCUACACGUCUGGAUGGAUUCUCGUGUGGUUUCCUCUUCUGUGCUCUUCGAGUAUCGCGCCCGCAAUGCCUCGUCCUUACCCAGCUCACAGCUGGACUGGCUAUCACUGGAUGAUAAUCAGUUCAGGAUGUCCAUUCUGGAACGAUUGGAACAGAUGGAACGCAGAAUGACAGAAAUGAGACACAACAAUCAACAACAACAUGUGUAUCAAUAUCAUCAGCAACAACUACUCAACCAAAACCCUGCAACACGACUCACUCCUGAAAACCAGUCGGGUGUGUGGUUUGAGCACAGGAUCGUGGCUGUGUGUGAACGCAUGAUGUCGGGCGGUGGAUGGGAGCGAGACGCUGAGAGAGAGACGCUCACACACUCCGUGAGACAUCGAGGAAUGACGCUGCUUCAUCUGGCCGCUGCGCAGGGAUACACACAACUCAUACACACACUCAUACGCUGGAGGAGCCUGAAUGUCAACAGUUUGACUCUGGAACAGGAAGUGGAUCCUCUGAACGUCGAUCAUUUCUCCUGCACACCUCUGAUGUGGGCGUGUGCUCUGGGUCAUCAGGCAGCUGCGGUGCUGUUGUACCGCUGGAGCAGUGCGGCUCUGGGAAUCCCCGACUCUCUCGGUCGUCUGCCGCUGGCUGUGGCACAUUCACGAGGACACACCCGACUGGCACGCUGUCUGGAGGAGUUACACACACGUGACGGCCUCUCGCCCACAUACAGACCAUCCUCUCCACUGUCCAGCAGCCCAGACACCGGUUUAAGUUCGUCCAGCAGUGUCCCCUCUCCCAGUGAUCCGCCCUCACCCUCCCCUAGCUCCGCCUACUCCAGCGGUUCUGUUCCUGACCCCAUGGACUCCGCCUCCUCUCCCUCCUCUCCUCUGUCAGUACCGCCCCCGGCCGACUCUCUCUUCCUGAUGGACUAUGAGAUGGCAAGCCCCCCCGCUGCACCCCCUCCUCACAGCAACACGAUGUCUCUGGCCGAUGAGCUGCUGGACUACAGCGAGAACGCAGAGAACGAGGACUUCCUGUCAGCUGACAUCCUGCAGGUUGACAUGACAACACUGGCUGAGCAGAUCAUUGAGGCCACUCCUGAACGAAUCAAACAGGAGGAGUUUAAUCGAGAGGCGGAGUCACCGCUUAGAGAGAGGCGUGACAAUCCUGCCAUUCAUGACACCAUGCCCUGGCUAGCACCGUACCUCGAUACUGUGGACAGGAGCCUGUGCGCCGCCCCUCCCUCCCCCCUCAGUGAUUUGGCGCUGCAGAGGCUUCGGGUCCCGAGCAGUGCGGCGUGGGCGGAGUUCUUAAACGCCUCAGCCAAUGGAAGGAUGGAGAGAGAUUUUGCACUACUGACACUCACAGACACAGAACAGAGGGAACUGUAUGAAGCUGCACGUGUUAUACAGAACGCCUUCCGCAGAUACAAGGGGCGGAGACUAAAGGAGCAGCAGGACAUGGCGGCCGCAGUUAUACAGCGCUGUUACCGCAAAUACAAACAGCUAACAUGGAUAGCGUUGAAGUAUGCCUUAUAUAAGAAGAUGACGCAGGCAGCUAUAUUGAUUCAGAGUAAGUUUCGCAGUUAUUAUGAGCAGAAGAAGUUCCAGCAGUCGCGCCGGGCGGCCGUUCUCAUCCAGCAGUACUACCGCAGUUAUAAAGAGUAUGAGCGUGUCAAACAGGGACCCCGUGGCCCCGGGACCCUUAACUCCAGGAUCAAAGGAUCGUUCCUGACGAAGAAACAGGAUCAGGCUGCACGAAAGAUCAUGCGUUUCCUCAGACGCUGCAGACACAGAAUUAAAGAGCUAAAACAGAGUAAAGAGUUGGAGAGGAGAGGACUCACCACCUGACCACACACACACACACACUCUGAAUGUGCCAAAGAUGGCACUACUGGACUAUUUCUCUCCCCUUUACAAUGUAAGUUAUCAUCGUCAAAACAGUGACAGCAAGUGACUCAGAUGUGGGGAAAAAACAAGUAAAUGAUGAAUUAAUCCCCCAAAAAAGAGAAUGGCCUUUAGUUAGAGCAGAAUCUUAAAAGCUGAGAUAUACACUAAAUAAUGUCACAUACUGGAAAGACAUCAAGACUAUUUUUGCUAAAUCACCUGUCGAAACACACAAACACAAACGCACUGAUACACACAGUCUUUCAGUCAUGUUUACAGUCAAAUAAUACACACACGCAUGUUUGCCAUCGUUCAGUUUCACAUUUUUUCCAAGACUGCAGGACUUGAUUGACUGAGAGAGAGGAACAUUAAUAUUAGUGAGAGAUUUUUCUUUUCUUUGGUUGUUGACGCAUCAUUAAGUUUUCAUGUAUUUAUGGAUCUCUAUAUAAAUGUAAACGAUGUAUACUCACAUAUAUUAUCAUGAAGAGUUGAUUGUGUCCAUGUGAAUUUAUUUAUUGAGAUUCAGUAUUUUAUAGCGCUCGGCCUCACAGAAAGAAAAAGAGCAGCGCUCAUCAUGUUUAAUUCCAAAGUCUUAAAUCGUAGUUGCCAUGGUAACGCGAGGCUUAAAUGUAAUGAUGCCUAGUUCUAAUCACACAUUCUGGAAUAUUCUUAACAUUAACUUAAACAUGUAAACGCUCUUGUGUGUGGUGAAGUGACGCGCUGCUUUCUGCUGUUUGUACGUAAACCUGAAGAAAUGAAACUUUCUCUCGGUGUUCACUCCAGCGGCUUGUGCUCCAUACUAUUACACUGAAUUGUUGUUGGUUCAACACGAUGUAUUGAAGAAAUGGUUUGGAUUGGAACCUCAGUGGAUAGAAACAUCAAGAUGACGUUGACAUCUAUGUGGCGUGACUUUGAGCAGAUAAACGUUUUCGCCGCCUCAACGAGAAGUGGUGUCGUCAGUCCAAAUAGAUUUUGUGAGAUACAAUCGCUGUCUGUAAGAAGUUAUGUCACAAUAUACACACAAGGCCACCAGAGAGUGCCGAGAUGAAUCUGAGAGAAACUUCAUGACUCUUUUAGUUUGAUGUUUAAGAAAAGCACUAGGUAUCGUUUAUUUAUUGGAUAUUUGUUGAAUGUGCCUUGAGGUGUUUUUAUCUGAUUAAACGGUUCUGCGUCAUUGAAGAACCAUCAUGAAUCAUCUUUAUGCAUUAGUCUUGUAUAUAAUGUACAGUAUAAAGAGUUGGUGAACGUAUAUUUAAGACUGACGAUGUUUGAUUUAUUCUUCUGUACUGGCUGCUGAUGUGCACGCUUCUCUUGACAUCACCAGGUUUUAGUUUAGCAUGUUUUUGCUUGCUGGUGUUUGUUUGCAUGUUUGUUUCUGUUUAUAUUUCCACUCGCUUAAUCUGAUGUGACUAUUUAUUAUCAUUAUUAUGAUUGAUUUAUAGAAACGUUUGAAUUGAUUUUUACUCUAAACUCAUUCUUACAUUAUUGCUGAUAUUUGUUUGAGCUGUUCUACUGUUUCAUAACAUUUCAUUAAACAUCAAAUUCAAAUUC